AUGUAUCUCAAUAGACGUCGGCGGGCGAAUAAUUCAGAAACGACGACGGAGCCAUAUGACAUAGCAAUGUCAUUGGUCGGUGGCGACACAGCUUCCACUAGCACGACGUUGUCCAAUGUGAACUGGAUCUGGCUCAAACGAUUAAAACUAGACAAGUCCACUCUCCUCAACGUCUGCAAGGAGAUAUUUCAGCGGCUGUGGGAUGUGAGUCGUGAAAUGCCUGAAGUUCAUUUCACACUAAUAAACAAAUUCGGACGACGACGACGACUAGACUCGAGAAAGGACACUUCAGUCGAGAGAGGCAAAGAGAACAUGCCUCCACCAACACCAAUCAUGUCAUCGUCUUUGGUUAUAGGGAAGACUGAGGGAUGUGCCAUGGCAACCGUCGGGAGUGGAUUCCAUGGCAGUAUUGCCAGCCCACUCCCAUUCCAUCAAACCCACUAUCAGUCCGACAUCAGUGACGGCAACGCUAUUCCCUUUGGUAUUCCCUUCAUCCCAUUCAUCCGAUUGACCUCAGCCUCUCGAAACGCCACACCAACGAUUGCCGGUUGUGUAAACCACAUGAGUCUUGAAUUGUGUUUGUUUGCUCCUUUCCUCACCUACCCCAUCCCAUAA